GAGGAUGCUCCGCUCUCAAACCCGCUGCCAUCUCAGUGGUGGAAAUGUUGGCGUUGGGGAGGGUCGACUUUGAGGUGACAUUGGCGCUGUGCAGAUGAGAGUGAGGAUCCUUUGCGCUCCAUGUUACGUCCCUGCUCGCUUCAGCUCAGACGGCGGCAGCUCCUUUCCCCGUCUUCUCUCCCCUCCUCUCUUUCAGCACCACUCCCUUAAGGACAGCACCUCGCUCUCGAAGACGCAUUUUGUCCGCCAUCCUCCCCCCCUCAGGAUCGUAUGUGCUCGCUCGCUCGCGAAGUUUCCACAUCGGUGUUAUCCUGCAAAAGUGCGAGGAAGUAACUUUUCCUUCAAAUUCGGAUUUCCCCAGCGGGAAAACACCGUGGCGAGGAAAAACAUUUGACUUGGUCGCUGGAGCGCUGCGAAGGUGCCUCUGCUUCUGCCCAUAAUCAUUCUCACUGCCCCGAUUAUUCGCCCCCGCUCGGCUGCUGUCUGCAGGAGCGAGGUGUAUACGCGACGGAGAAGCUGCUGUCUGUCUGGACCGGUGCUGAAACCCCCUCCUCUCCACUGGUCAGGACUAACCGACACUCACAGUGACCAUGGCCACCAACGGGACCAAAGCCUCGGACGGACACGUCUUAACGGAGACUGUGAAUGACGCGCCCACCACCGCCGCCACCACCACCACCACCACCACGCCAAACGACAAACCCAAAACCCUGGUAGUGAAAGUGCAGAAGAAACAGGACGUACCCGAGAGAGAAACGUGGGCUGGGAAAUUUGACUUUCUUCUCUCUUGUGUCGGAUACGCAAUCGGACUCGGGAAUGUCUGGAGAUUUCCUUAUUUAUGUGGAAAAAACGGAGGAGGGGCCUUCUUGAUUCCUUACUUUUUGACCCUCAUAUUUGCUGGUAUGCCCCUGUUCUUUCUGGAGACGGCUCUUGGUCAGUACACUUCUAUUGGAGGGCUUGGAGUGUGGAAACUGGCUCCCAUGUUCAAAGGUGUGGGUCUGGCUGCUGCAGUUCUGUCCUUCUGGCUCAAUAUCUAUUACAUUGUAAUAAUUUCCUGGGCUCUUUACUAUCUGUACAAUUCCUUCACUGCUGAUCUGCCAUGGCAGACUUGUGGCAAUCCCUGGAACACAGACCGCUGCUACACCAACUACAGCAUCCCAGACACCAGGAACCUCACCAGCGCCGUGGUGGAGUUCUGGGAACGUAACAUGCACCAGCUGACCGAUGGCCUGGAGAAGCCCGGGGAGGUCCGGAUCCCGCUGGCCAUCACACUCGCUAUUGCGUGGGUGCUCGUCUAUUUCUGUAUCUGGAAGGGGGUCGGCUGGACGGGCAAAGUGGUCUACUUCUCGGCCACAUACCCUUACUUUAUGCUCUUCAUCCUGUUUUGCCGUGGCAUCACUCUGCCUGGUGCAAUUGACGGGAUCCGCUUCUACAUCACACCAGACUUUGCAAAGCUCAAGGAGUCUGAGGUGUGGCUGGACGCUGCCACUCAGAUCUUCUUUUCCUACGGGCUGGGAUUAGGUUCUCUGAUUGCUCUCGGCAGCUACAAUCCCUUCAAGAACAACGUGUACAGAGAUUCUAUCAUUGUCUGCUGCAUCAACUCCUUCACCAGCAUGUUCGCUGGCCUCGUCAUCUUCUCCAUCGUGGGAUUCAUGUCCAAUGUAACAAAGAGACCCAUCGCUGAUGUGGCGGCCUCAGGGCCUGGCCUGGCGUUUUUGGCUUAUCCUGAGGCUGUCACCCAGCUGCCCAUCUCUCCCCUCUGGGCCAUCCUCUUUUUCUCCAUGCUGCUGAUGCUGGGAAUUGACAGCCAGUUCUGCACCGUGGAAGGCUUCAUCACUGCACUGGUUGAUGAAUUCCCCCGGGCUCUCCGAAAACGCAGAGAGAUCUUCAUUGCUGUCGUCUGCCUUAUUUCCUACAUCAUUGGACUGUCCAACAUCACCCAGGGUGGACUGUACGUGUUCAAGCUAUUCGACUAUUAUUCAGCCAGUGGAAUGUCCCUGCUCUUCCUGGUCUUCUUUGAGUCCAUCUCAAUUUCAUGGUUCUAUGGUGUGGACAAAUUCUAUGACAACAUCGAGGAAAUGAUCGGCUACAGGCCGUGUCUGUGGUGGAAGGCCUGCUGGCUCGUUUUCACUCCGCUCAUUGUGGCUGGGGUCUUCUUGUUCAGUGCAGUGCAGAUGGUUCCCCUCACCAUGGGUGACUACGUGUUCCCGUCCUGGGGUCAGGGGGUCGGCUGGUGCAUGGCCCUCUCCUCCAUGAUUCUCAUCCCCGGCUACAUGGUCUACAUGUUCCUCACACUCAAAGGCACAUACAAAGAGCGCCUCCGGAUGAUGAUCAAGCCUGUGGUACUGGUGAAGGCUCAGGAAAACGGGCCGGACCAGCAGACAGAAAACCAGAAUCAGGACCCUGCCAACGAGGAAGCCUACAUUUGAAACCUCCGCCUGUUGCUGUUUCAACAGCCAGACUGGCACAAUACUACAUAAAAAAAUGUAAUCACGGUUGGGAACGACCACCAGACUUCUAUGUCUGCUUUUAUUCACCUACCUCCUGGGGACACGUGAGACCAACCUGAUUACACAGUUGUUUUUAGUGGGUUUUCUGUUUGUUUAUUUGUAUAAUACAGAGUUAUAAAACUUAAAAAGGAAAAACAAACUACCCAGCAAAGUUGUUGUGAUAUUAUGAAUUUCAUUAUGCAAAAAAGUGAGUCUUUUUAGGAAAGGAGACGUGACUUAGGAAAUUACUCUAUAUUGAACAUAUAAUUUAAAUUUGGAGGCCCACGUUGAUUAAAUAGUAGGUAUUGUGCUACUUUGAAGAUAUUAAUUAAUCUACUAAAAUACAAUUACUGUACAAAGAAAAAAUAUUGGUAAUUGCAUUUUUGCUUGUAAAUGAAUACAUACAUUAAAUGAAUGCAGUGUAGUAGACGGAAGAAAAUGCAAUUUGAAAGUAUGUAAAAGUGAAAAUUGAUCAUUGUCCGAUUUAAGGCAAAGAAAAUCUGGGAAUGUGCAACAGGUGAGGCCAAAACGGCUUGUAUGUGUAAAAUAUGAUUUAGUCAGACUAUCACUCCCUUGCAGGAUCCUGCAGUUUGCCUGAAAUGUUUACCACCCAUGUCUGGGGCUACCUUUGAAAAGCACAAGUAAAGUAUGGAAUUUGAAGCGUCCAGCUUUUUCUUUUUCCUUUUUAGGCUCGAUUCAAACCUGUGGCCAUAGCAAAAAUAACUAACAUAGCAUUACAUAGCAAGAGACUGUUAUAAUUGUUUCUUUGUUUUCUAAAGAACAAUAACUUUGUAUGUUGUCUGAAUCUUUUUUGUAGAAUCACUUUUAGGUCGUUUUUCUAUAUGUGAGAGUGAGAAGGACCAAAAUCAUACUCAAGUUUGAAAAGUUUGGUGCAGACCGUUGACACGCUGACUAUCACUGGAUUAAAUCAAGCCUCCCCUACUGCCUCACCACAGCGUCAGGCUUAGCAAAUGCAGCAUCCGCCUACAAGCACAAUUUGGAUCUGUAAACUACCACCUGUAACAAUAAAGGUGUAGCCAUUACAGAAAUCCCACGUUUGCACUGUGCGUUCAAUAUUUCUGGCUGAGGGGGAUUAUUUAUGGAUUAUAGAUUUUCCUUUUAACAACCAGUUCAGUGGAAAGAGAGAGUUGUGUUGCAAUAAGCCAAUGCUAUUUCAGAUCUGCUGUGUAUUUUAAACUGUGAAUGAUUAGGUUGCAGGGACUGCAGCAUUGGAGACUUUAUUAUGGAUUUCUAUGAUAGCUACCACUAUUCUGACAGGAACCGUUUACUUGUGUAUCUGUUUAGUAACCCACUCCUCAGGAACAAAGGUGGAUGUGACCAAAUUCUCUCAGAUACUACCAUUUUACGCUGAAACAAUUAAUGCUGUGUUUUAAGAAAAAAAAAAAUGCAACUAAUUUCAAAUUUCUGCCAUUUUCUCCCAUUUAUCCAAAAUGCUGCAUGAAGCAGCAACGAAACACGAACACUCAAAUCAGCAUGUACGUACUUGGGCUUCCUCGAAAGCUGAUCCAAAUAGUUGCCUCUUUUUCUGUGUGCUAGCAUCAUUUCUUUCAGUGUAAGUGAACAGUGAUGGCCUUCACUCAGUCAUUUUAGUUGAAGCCAUUGUGUGUUUCUGUCCUGUGGCAGGUGCAGAUUUCUAAUAUCAGACUUGGCGAGAGAAAAUGGCUGCAAAAAGCACUGUUAGCACAACAGGACAUAGCCAGAUACUAUAUAGGCCAACACCACUGAAACUACUCCUUUAUAGGGUAAAGGAAAACCUAUUAUUACAUAUCAUACAUAUUGGCGAUGUUAAAAUAUAAAUGUAAGAACCGUCUUUGUGACAGACCACAGAUAUCAUCGUAUUACUAUGAAGAAAGAUGAAGAAAAUUUGCUUCUGUGGCAGCUACGUGCGACAGGAAUCCCGUUAUUUUUCUUUUAUCUAUGUUUUUCUUUUCAAAGAUAUGUGAAUAUAAAUGUGCAAUGACAAAGGGUUCUGUGAAUUUUGUAUAAAGCUACCAUACUGCAGUUUUCUCUCUUGAAUGAUGUUGUAAACUGGACUGUGUAAUACAUGUAUCUGUGAAUGUCCGUACACCUGAGUUUUUCUUUUCUUUUGUCUAAAUGUUGAACAAAAAAAAAGGUGAUAUUAUUUGCUGUUUUCUGCAAUAAUAUUAUUAUCUCAGAAACUAAAGCACAUAUCUCUCUCAACUGUAAAAAAAAAUAUAUAAUUACAAUAACAGAAUAGAGUAAUAAUAAAGAUAAUAAUAAUGUAAUAGAAAUGUCUAGUAAGAGAAUAUUGUUUUGUAUAUUUUUAGCUGUUUCAUGGGCCUAAUGUAAAAUAUUCUAUGUAAAAAAAAAAUAUAAUAAAUGUCUUUAGAUGGUGUUAUAUGAAAAAGCAUGAUCGCGAUGUAUGUUAUCUGCAAAAAUAAAUAAAGACCUAUAGAUUAUAA